UGAUAACUCUCUUUCACGUAUAUGUGAUAAACUAAAAAGCAACUGAAGUCAUGGGAAACUUUCGUUCUAAUCAUACUCUUACGAGCGAAUUAAUACAAGAAUACGUCGAAUUAUCAUAUUUGAGCAAAUCUGAAAUAUAUCACAUUUUCAACCUACUUAAUGAUUUAACACCAGGAAUCUUGCACGAUAAUUUACAUUAUCGCUUUACGAAGAAGCAAAUAGAUGAAAUAUUACCUCAAGUCCGUCAUAGUCCUUUUCGCGAUUCAAUAUACCGGAUAUUUUCUUCGGAACAAGACGAAUGCUUAAGUUUCGAAGACGUUUUGGACCUUUGCUCCGCCUUUUCGGAAAAUUGUCCUUUGAACGUUCGUUCAGCCUGGGCAUUUCUAAUAUUCGACUUCGACGGCGAUGAUCAGCUUGCAUUAGCCGAUUUAAUUGAAGCUAUUCAAAGAUUGACUGGUGUUAAUGAAAAUGAAGAAAUCAAGAAUGAAAUGGAUCGUGAACAUGCCGAAAAAGUGGCACGUAUGAUGAUAUCUGAAAUGGAUUUCUCUGAAAAUGGAAGUAUUUCGCCUCAAGAAUUUGAACGACUCGUUGCGAGGAUGCCGGACUUUGCUCACUCUUUUCGAUUUAAGUUCUAAUUUUAGAAGCACUUUAAAUCCACUGAUUUUAAGAUAUCAACGUAUGUGUUAUUUUUAUAUAAUAAGUUAGCGCUUAUAUGUAAUACAGUUUGAACGAUCGUAAAUGCCAGAAAGCACCAAAUCGGGUAUGCAAGGAGUUUCUAUUUUUCUUUCAUAAGUCAAUGGAAGAAUUGAAGGUAUUUUGUAUUUCGUAUAUGAUGUCGGAUACUUUUUUAAAUACGACGGCAUCAACGUUGAUGCGCACUGAUACUUGUACUUAUUUGUUUUGAAAAAGUGUAAUGGAUGAAGUUUUGAUGAAUGAUCCUUGUAUUGAUCACGAUGAGCUUGUACCACCUUUUUAUAAAAAAAAAAAAUAAACAUUAGUGUGAAUAUAACUCAUAAUGAAAAAGAUUCGCUAAAAAAAUGUAAUAAAAAUGAUUAAUUUUAUAGUAAAAUAAUAUUAUAUGAACAAAUCAA